AUGUCUUCGCGAUUUUUCCACGGCGGAGAUUCCGACAGCGAGAGCAGCUCAUCCGAGGAAGAGGAGCUUUACACCGGAGCGCCCGAUGCAGAUUCUGAAAGUGAAUCCGAAGAUGAAAGCGAAGCGGAGGACGAGUCCGAGGAAGGUUCGUCCGAAGAUGAAGGUCGAGGAACGGGCGCCAGCCGGUUCUUGAAGCCCUCAGGACCAGGUGGCGACGAGACCGACGAAAGCGAGGACGAAGACCGCGAGAGAGUGGUCAAGAGUGCCAAAGACAAGAGAUUGGAGGAGUUGGAAGGCACAAUCAAGUUGAUCGAGAACGCCACGAAAAUCAACGACUGGGCUGUCAUUUCUUCAGAAUUCGACAAGAUGAACCGUCAGGUGGUCAAGGUCGUCCAACAAGGUGCCACGCCUAAAAUUUACAUCAAGGCCAUUGCCGACCUGGAAGACCUGAUCAACGAGACGAAUGACAAGCAGAAGACGGGCGGCAAGAAAAUGAACCCGAUCAACGCCAAAGGUUUCAAUGCCAUGAAGCAAAAGAUCCGCAAAAACAACAAGGACUACGUGACGGAAAUUGAAAAAUACCGCCAGGACAAGGACGCGUUCAUGGAGUCCGACGAAGAAGAAACUUUGGAGGUGGAACAGAAGACCCGGAAAAACAAGGUGCAGAGGUUGGAUGCCAUUGAGGCAGCCAUUGACGAAGAAGGCUUCGCCACUGUCGGCCGAGGUGGAAAGGCUCUUGUCUACACACCGGAAAGCAUCCUGAAACAUCUGCGCGCCAUUAUCGAGUCUCGAGGAAAGAAGAACACCGACCGGUCGGAACAGAUUCGAGUCAUGGAACGGCUCUUGGAAGUUGCCAACACACCAUAUCAACGCAUUCGAGUGCUUCUGACGCUGAUCUCCACGAGGUUUGAUGUCACCGCCUCGUCAGUCCAGCACUACAUGUCGCAAGAGUCGUGGCGAGCGGCCGAGCGGGAGCUUGGUACUCUGUUGCAGACGCUUGAAGACGAGUCUGGAUAUAUUGUGACCGAAAACGCAGACGAAUGGGAGGACGACGAAAAAGCGCCUGCCCCCACUCCUGGCGAGAUAUUCAAGGUCCCAGGCAGCAUUGUGUCCUUGGUGGAGAGACUCGAUGAUGAGUUGACCAGAGCUCUUCAGCAGACCGAUCCCCACACAGCCGAAUACAUCGAGCGACUCGGUGAUGAACAACUGUUGUACACCGCCAUUGUGCGAGCUCUCAUCUACCUCGAGACAAUCGGCAAGUUGGAGCAGGCCGGAAGCCAGCAAGAGAACCUGAACCGAGGAGUCAUCCGACGACUAGAACACAUCUACUUCAAGCCCGUCCAGGUGGUCAAGAUCCUCGAGGAAAAGACGUGGGCCGCUCUUCCUUCAAACCUCAACUCCGAACUCACUCCCCGAGGAAAAUACACCGAGGUUGCACCUCUAGUCCAAGCACUUUGCACCUAUCUCUUCGAACACAGCGAGGGCAUCAUCCGAGCCCGUGCCAUGCUGUGUGAGAUCUACUUCCUCGCUCUGCAAGACAACUAUUACAAAGCUCGAGACCUGGCCCUCAUGAGUCAUCUGACGGAGAACAUUUCGUCGUUUGACGUGAGCACCCAGAUCCUGUUCAACCGCACUCUGGUGCAGAUCGGACUUUGCGCCUUUAGAGCUGGUCUCUGCUACGAAGCCCAGGGUGUGUUACAAGAGGUGUGCGGCUCGGGACGACAGAAGGAACUGCUCGCCCAAGGCGUCAUCAUGCAACGAUAUUCCACCGUCACUCCGGAACAGGAACGUCUUGAACGGCAACGACAACUCCCGUUCCACAUGCACAUCAACCUCGAACUGCUGGAGUGCGUCUACCUGACCUGCAGCAUGCUUCUUGAGAUUCCGCUCCUGGCUCAGACGGGAUCGUCUCCCGACGUCCGGAAGCGAGUCAUUUCCAAGACGUUCCGCCGCAUGCUCGAGUACACGGAGCGACAGGUCUUCCAGGGACCCCCGGAGAACACGCGCGACCAUGUGAUGCAAGCAGCCAAGGCCCUCGCCCAGGGCGACUGGAAGAGAUGUCAGGAGCUGAUCAGCAAGAUCGCCAUCUGGGACCUGCUGGGCAACGACAAGGACAAGGUCAAGGCAAUGCUGGCCGAACAGAUCCAAGAAGAAGGUCUGCGCACCUACCUCUUCACCUACGCCCCGUACUACGACACGCUCUCGGUCACGACGCUCUCCGGUCUGUUCGAUCUCGAUCCCAAGAAGAUCGCCGCCGUCGUGUCCAAGAUGAUUUCCCACGAGGAGCUGGCUGCUGCUCUGGACCAAGUCAACGACGCCAUCGUCUUCCGCAAGGGUGUUGAACUCUCGCGACUCCAGAGCCAAGUCAUUGCGCUUUCCGACAAGGCAAUGGGCAUUCUCGAAAACAAUGAAAAGGUCUUGGAGACCAGGACGGCCGGCAUGGCCAAUGCCUUCCAGCGCGAUCAAGGCGGGCGUGGUGGCCGUGGUGGCCGUGGUGGCCGCGGAGGUCGUGGCGGACGUGGCGCGUUGCAGGGGUUCCCGCGUGGCCAGGGUGGCGAGAGAACACCUGGUGGUCAGGCGUUCGGCGGCGGUGCUCUCGGAGGAGCCAUGAAAGCAUGA